AUGAAUGGAAUUAUCUGGGUGACAGAUGAUGAGGGUCGACCUAAACUUAUGGACCUGGAGGUGAUGAGAAGGGGAUGUGACAGUGAUCAUUUUCGCUGUAAUAAUGGACAGUGUAUUCCAGCAUCCUGGAGAUGUGAUACGACCAAAGACUGUUCAGAUGACUCGGAUGAACAUGGUUGCCCUCCUCCAUCUUGCCGCACAGGCUAUGUCCCGUGUCUGAGUGAGGGGACAUGCAUCCCUAACACCUGGGUGUGUGACCACGAUCAGGACUGUAGCGAUGGCUCAGAUGAACAGCAUUGCCCUGAGACCACAUGCUCGAGUAAUCAAAUGAGGUGCUCCAAUGGUGAGUGCAUCCCAAGUGAAUACAGGUGCGACCACGUCACAGACUGCUCAGAUGAAAGCGACGAGAAACACUGCCAAUACCCAAGAUGUGAACAGCUUACUUGUGCCAAUGGAGCUUGCUAUAACACUUCUCAGAGGUGUGACAGUCUAGUUGAUUGCAGAGACCAUUCUGAUGAAAUGAACUGCACUAACGUCUGUUUGCGCGAUGAGUUUGCAUGCAACAAUGGGCAAUGUAUCCCAAAGACCUAUGUCUGCGACCAUGAGGAAGAUUGUGAAGACAGCAGUGAUGAACAUGAUUGCAAUUAUCAGACCUGCAACGGGAGCCAGUUCACUUGCUCCAGUGGCCGAUGCAUUCAUCAAAACCAGGUCUGUGAUGGCCAAGCGGAUUGUAAAGACGGUGAAGAUGAAAAUGGAUGUGAAAGCAACAGUUCAAGUAACUGCGCCCCAAGACAAUGGGUUUGCCCAGGAUCUGGGCAAUGCAUCCCAAUUGAUAAAGUUUGUGAUGGGUUUUCAGAUUGUCCAGGAGGAAAAGAUGAAAACAGUACCACUACUGAAAGUUUCUGUGAUACAAGUAUAUGUUCUGCCUUGAACUGUGAACACCAGUGCCAUAAGACACCACGUGGAGGGGCAUGUUUUUGUCCCCCAGGUUUUGUCAUCAACCACAUGGACAUGCGUACUUGUGAUGAGUUUGAUGAUUGCCAGAUAUGGGGAAUUUGUGACCAGAAGUGUGAAAACCGACACGGCCAUAUCCGGUGCUUCUGUGAAGAAGGGUAUAUCUUGGAAAAUGAACAGAAUUGUAAAGCUAAUGAUUCCUCUGGCCAGCCCUCCAUUAUCUUCUCCAAUGGUCAGGACUUGCUAAUUGGUGACGUUCAUGGAACCAGCUUCCGGAACCUAGUAGAGUCCCCUCGUGGAAUGGCCGUGGGUGUAGAUUUCCACUAUCGCCUGGGCAAGGUCUUUUGGACAGACUAUGUGCGAAAUAAGGUUUAUUCAGUUAACAUUAAUGGUUUAAAUAUCCAAGAAGUUCUCAAUGUUUCUGUUGACAGUCCAGAGAACCUGGCUGUGGACUGGGUUAAUAAUAAACUCUAUGUGGUAGAGACCAGGAUCAACCGCAUAGAUGUGGCAAAUUUGGAUGGAAGCUACCGGGUUACCCUUAUAACAGAAAACUUAGGGCGUCCUAGAGGAAUUGCCCUGGACCCAACUGUUGGUUAUUUAUUUUUCUCUGAUUGGGAGAGCCUUUCUGGGGAACCUAAGGUGGAAAGGGCUUUCAUGGAUGGCAGCAACCGUAAAGACUUAGUGAAAACGAAGCUGGGAUUCCCUGGUGGGAUAACACUGGAUCUGAUAGCCAAGCGUGUUUAUUGGGUUGACUCUCGGUAUGAUUACAUUGAAACUGUAACUUAUGAUGGAAUUCAGAGGAAGACAGUCAUGCAUGGAGGCUCCCUUAUUCCUCAUCCCUUUGGAAUAAGUUUGUUUGAAAGUCAUGUGUUCUAUACUGAUUGGACAAAGAUGGCUGUGAUGAAGGCCAACAAGUUCAGAGAGACCAAUCCACGCAUGUUGUAUAAGACUUCCCUGAACCCCUAUGGAGUGACAGUUUACCAUGCCCUCAAACAGCCCUAUGCUAGCAAUCCGUGUAAACAGGACAAUGGGGGCUGUGAACAGAUCUGUGUCCUCAGUCACAGAACAGAUAAUAAUGGUUUGGGUUUCCGUUGCAAAUGCACGUUUGGCUUCCAACUGGAUGCGGAUGGGCUCCACUGUGCUGCUGUUCAGAACUUCCUGUUGUUUUCAUCCCAGAGGACUGUUCGUGGGAUCCCGUUCACCUUGUCCACCCAGGAAGAUGUCAUGGUUCCAGUGACAGGGAGUUCUUCUUUCUUUGUUGGGAUUGAUUUUGAUGCCCGGAGUAGUACUGUCUUUUUUUCAGAUAUUUCAGAACACUUGAUUUUUGAACAAAAGAUUGAUGGCACAGGAAGAGAAAUUCUGGUACCUAACAGGGUGGAAAAUGUUGAAAGUUUGGCCUUUGAUUGGAUUUCAAGGAAUCUCUAUUGGACUGACUCUCAUUACAAGAGUGUCAGUGUCAUGAGACUAGCUGAUAAAUCCAGACGAACAAUAGUUCCACUAUUAAGUAACCCACGAUCAAUUGUAGUUCAUCCUGUGGCUGGGUAUAUAUUCUUCAGUGAUUGGUUCCGUCCUGCUAAAAUUAUGAGAGCGUGGGGUGAUGGAUCUCACCUUCUGCCUAUAGUAAACACUACUCUUGGCUGGCCCAAUGGCUUGGCCAUCGACUGGGAUGCCUUACGACUGUACUGGGUAGAUGCCUUUUUUGAUAAAAUUGAGCACAGUACCUUCAAUGGUUUAGAUAGAAGAAUUCUGAGCCACAUAGAGGAGAUGACACAUCCAUUUGGAAUUACCCUCUUUAAAGAGUAUGUAUUUUUUACUGACUGGAGACUGAACGCUAUUGUUAGAGUUAGGAAAACGGAUGGUGGAGAUAAGACAGUUAUCCGUAGUGGCAUCACUAUGGCACUGAAUUUGAAGUCAUAUGAUGUCAACGUCCAGACUGGUUCUAACUCCUGUAAUAAACCCACCCAUCCCAAUGGUGAUUGCAGCCACUUUUGCUUCCCGGUGCCAGCUUUACAGCGGGUGUGUGGGUGCCCCUAUGGAAUGAAGCUAGCUGCCAAUCACUUGACGUGUGAAGGAGACCAAAGCAGUGAGCCACCCUUGGAGCCAUGUGGCGAAUUUUCCUUCCUAUGUAACAAUAGCAGAUGUCUGUCCGAUGUGUUAGUCUGUAACGGAGUUGAUGACUGUCAUGAUAAUAGUGAUGAGCUUCAUUGUAUGUUGCCUAAUAACACCUGUCCACGUAUGAUGUUCGCCUGUGCCCAUGGAGGAGAGUGCAUCCCAGAAGUCUGGCACUGUGACAGGUACAAGGACUGUGUGGAUGGCAGCGAUGAGCAGAACUGCCCCACCCGAAGACCCAUUCUCUGUCCCGAGUCCCAGUACACCUGUGAUAAUCACAACUGUAUCCCAAAGAAUUGGCUCUGUGACACAGAUAAUGAUUGUGGGGAUGGAUCUGAUGAGAAGAACUGCACGUCGACAGAGAUGUGCCAACCCAGUCAGUUCACUUGCCCCAACCAUCGUUGUAUUGACUUAUCUUUUGUCUGUGAUGGGGAUAAGGACUGUGCUGAUGGAUCGGAUGAGUUUGGCUGUGUAUUAAACUGCACGGCUUCUCAAUUCAAGUGUGUCAGUGAGGAGAAAUGCAUUCCUAUCACAAAUCACUGUGAUGGUGUGUUUGACUGCAGUGACAACUCUGAUGAGGCAGGCUGUCCAACCAGACCUCCUGGUAUGUGCCACUCAAAUGAAUUUCAGUGCCAAGAAGACGGUAUUUGCAUCCCUAAAACCUGGGAGUGUGAUGGGCAUCCAGACUGCCUCUCUGGGUCUGAUGAGCACCAUGGCUGUGUCCCCAAGACCUGCCAUUCAUCUCAUUUCCGCUGUGACAAUGGAAACUGUAUCUCCAGGGAGUGGCUCUGUGAUGAGGACAAUGACUGCGGGGAUCAGAGUGAUGAGAGGAAUUGCCCUACUCAGCCCUUUCAGUGUCCCAGGGGGAUGUGGCAGUGUCCUGGAUAUAACUUCUGUGUGAAACUGGAAUCAGUAUGUGACAACGUCUUUGAUUGCCCCAGUGGGACAGAUGAGUCCCCACUUUGCAACGAGGACCUCUGUUCACGUUUCAAUGGUGGUUGUACUCAUAGGUGUAUUCAAGACUCCUUUGGGGCUAGAUGCUUAUGUCCACCGGGAUACUUACUUGCCAAUGAUUCUAAGACCUGUGAAGACAUAAAUGAAUGUGAUAUUCCAGGCUUUUGUAGCCAGCACUGUUACAAUAUGAGAGGUUCUUUCCGAUGCUCGUGUGAUAAUGAGUACAUGCUAGAAGGUGACGGGAAGACUUGCAAAGUUACAGGAUCUGAAAGUCUGUUGUUACUUGUGGCGAGUCAGAACAGAAUUAUUGCUGACAAUGUUACCUCCCAGGUGCACUCUGUCUACCCACUCAUCCAGGAUGGUUCUCACAUUAUAGCUGUGGAUUUUGAUUCAGUUACUGGUCGCAUCUUUUGGUCUGAUGCAAUUCAGCGUAAAACCUGGAGUGCAUUUCCAAAUGGAACAGAUAGGAGGGUGGUAUUUGAUAGUAAUGUCGUCUUGACUGAGACUCUUGCAGUAGAUUGGGUGGGUCGUAAUCUUUACUGGACAGAUUAUGCUCUGGAAACAAUUGAAGUCGCUAAAAUUGAUGGGAGCCACAGGACUGUGCUGAUUAGUAAAAAUGUAACAAAUCCAAGGGGACUAGCAUUAGAUCCCAGAAUGAAUGAACAUGUACUGUUCUGGUCUGACUGGGGUCAACACCCUCGUAUUGAACGAGCCAGCAUGGAUGGCACUUCGCGCACUGUCAUUAUCCAGAACAAGAUCCACUGGCCCAGUGGCUUGACCAUUGACUACCCCAAUAGACUGCUCUACUUCAUGGACGCCUAUCUCGAUUACAUAGACUAUUGUGAUUAUAAUGGGCACCAUCGGAAGCAGGUGAUAGCCAGUGAUUUGAUUCUGCAGCGUUCCUACGCCCUAACUCUCUUCGAGGAUUUUGUGUACUGGAGUAACGGUGUUACUCAAAGGGUUAUGCAAGCCAACAAGUGGCAUGGAGGGAACCAGUCAGUUUUAAUGUUCAAUGUCCCGCGGCCCCUGGGGAUUGUUGCAGUCCAUCCUUCAAAACAGCCGAGUUCCGAGAAUCCGUGUGCCUCUGCCCGUUGCAGCCAUCUGUGCCUGCUUUCGUCACAGGGGCCUAAUUUUUACUCCUGUGUUUGUCCUUCAGGAUGGACUCUCUCUGCCGAUUCUGUGAACUGCUUGAGAGAUGAGCAACCUUUCUUAAUAACUGUAAGAGAAAAUAUAAUUUUUGGAAUCUCCCUUAAUCCUGAUGUGAAGAGCAAUGAUGCUAUGGUCCCGAUAGCAGGGGUAAAGAAUGGAUAUGAUGUUGAAUUUGAUGACUCAGAGCAAUACAUCUAUUGGGCUGAGAAUCCGGGUGAAAUUCACAGAGUGAAGACAGAUGGCACUAACAGGACCGAGUUUGCUUCUCUGUCUAUGUUGGGGUCUUCUACGGGCCUGGCCUUAGACUGGAUAUCGGGAAACCUUUAUACCACCAAUCCUGGAACUCAGUCAAUCCAGGUCUCAACACUGCGAGGAGAUACCAGAUACAGAAAGACACUGAUUACCAAUGAUGGAACAGCUCUUGGAGUUGGGUAUCCCAUUGGCAUAGCUGUUGAUCCGGCCCGUGGGAAACUAUACUGGUCAGACCAAGGUACUGACAGUGGGGUUCCUGCCAAGAUCGCAAGUGCUAGCAUGGAUGGCACAUCUUUGAAGAAUCUCUUCCUUGGGAACCUUGACCACCUGGAGUCUCUCACCCUUGACAUCAAGGAGCAGAAGCUCUACUGGGCAGUGACUGGGACAGGAGUGAUUGAAAGAGGAAAUGUGGAUGGAACAGAGCGGAUGAUCCUGGUGUACCAACUUUCCCACCCUUGGGGAGUCGCAGUCUUUGAUUCCUUCCUUUAUUAUUGUGAUGAACACUAUGAGGCCAUUGAAAGAGUUGACAAGCAUACUGGGGCCAACAAAGUGGUCCUGAGAGACAAUAUCCCAAAUCUGAGGGGCCUUCGAGUUUAUCACAGACGCAAUGCUGCCGAAUCCUCAAAUGGCUGUAGCCAGAACAGGAAUGCCUGUCAGCAGAUUUGCCUCCCUGUACCAGGAGGAGCCUUCUCCUGCGCCUGUGCCACUGGAUUUCAACUCAAUCCUGAUUAUCGGACCUGCUCUCCACAUAACUCUUUCAUUGUUGUUUCAAUGCUGACUGCAAUCAGAGGCUUUAGCUUGUCAUUAUUAGAUCAUUCAGAAGCCAUGGUGCCAGUGGCAGGCCAAGGACGGAAUGUACUGCAUGCGGAUGUUCACGUAUCUUCUGGCUUUAUUUACUGGUGUGAUUUUAGCAGCUCCGUGAGAUCUUAUAAUGCAAUCCGUAGAAUUAAACCAGAUGGGUCAUCUUUGACAAACAUCGUUACAGAAGGGAUAGGAGAAACUGGAAUACGGGGCAUUGCAGUGGAUUGGGUAGCAGGAAAUCUUUAUUUCACCAAUGCCUUUGCCUAUGAAACACUCAUAGAAGUUCUUCGGAUCAAUACUACCUACCGCCGUGUCCUCCUUAAAGCCACAGUAGAUUUGCCUAGGCAUAUUAUUGUAGACCCCAAGAACAGAUACCUCUUCUGGGCUGACUAUGGACAGAAUCCAAAGAUUGAACGUUCUUUUCUUGACUGUACCAAUAGAACUGUGCUUGUGUCAGAUGGCAUUGUCUCACCACGGGGCUUGGCAAUAGACCAUAGCAGUGGCUACAUUUAUUGGGUUGAUGAUUCUUUAGAUUUAAUUGCAAGGAUUCAUUUUGAUGGAGAGGAAACUCAAGUGAUUCGUUAUGGCAGUCGUUACCCAACUCCUUAUGGCAUCACUGUUUUUGGAAAUAGUAUCAUAUGGGUGGAUAGGAAUUUGAAAAAAGUCUUGCAAGCUAGCAAGGAACCAGGGCGCACAGACCCACCGAUAGUGAUAAGGGACAAUAUGUACUGGCUGAGAGAUGUGACCGUCUUUGAUGAACAAGUCCAGCCUCGGUCACCAGCAGAGGUCAACAACAACCCUUGUUUGGAAAAUAAUGGUGGGUGCUCCCAUUUCUGCUUUGCUCUACCUGGACUGCACACCCCACAGUGUGGCUGUGCUUUUGGGAAUCUGGAAAGUGAUGGCAAGAGCUGCACCAUUUCUACAGAAAAUUUCCUUGCUUUUGCCUUGGCUAAUUCCUUGAGAAGUUUGCACUUGGAUCCUGAAAACCAUAGCCCACCUUUCCAGCCAAUCAAUAUGGAAAAGCCUCCUAUAGCUCUUGCCUAUGACAGCAUAAACAACAGAAUCUACUUCACACAGAGUGUAAACUUUUUCGAUGGCCAGAUUUCCUAUGUCAGCUUGUCUUCAGGGAUUCAUACCCCGACUGUCAUCACUUCAGAUAUAGGGACUUCUGAUGGCAUUGCCUAUGAUUGGAUCAACAGAAGAAUUUAUUACAGUGACUACUUCAACGAGACAAUUAAUUCCAUAUCUGAAGAUGGGACUCAACGGACUGUGAUAGCCCGUGUUGCAAAACCAAGAGCAAUUGUGAUAGAUCCUUGCCGAGGGUACUUGUACUGGGCUGACUGGAAUGGUAAUGCCAAAAUCGAGAGAGCCACGUUGGGAGGAAACUUCCGGGUACCGAUCGUGACCAGCAAUUUGGUCUGGCCCAAAGGGCUAACACUGGACUAUGAGGAGGACCUUCUCUACUGGGCGGAUGCUAGUCUGCGACAGAUUGAACGCAGCACUCUAACAGGCACGCAGCGUGAAGUCCUUGUCAGCGCAGCUUUUCACAUUUCCAGCUUGGCUGUCUUUGGCCAGUAUAUUUACUGGACUGAUAUGUCAACAAGAAAAAUUUACCGAGCUAACAAAUACGAUGGGAAUUCUGUCAAUGAACUUACCUUCCUCAUAAAAGGAUGUCCAAAUGGUGCCGAGUGCCAGUGUCCACAUGAGGGCAACUGGUAUCUGGCCAACAACAAUAAACUCUGUAUUGUGGACAACGGUAUACGGUGUAAUGUAUCCCAAUUCACCUGUGCCAAUGGGCGCUGCAUCCUGGAAGGGUGGAAAUGUGACGGGGAUAAUGACUGUGGUGACGGCAGCGAUGAGGCAGAAUAUGUCUGUGCAUUUCACACCUGCUCGCCGACAGCCUUCACUUGUGCCAAUGGGCGAUGCGUCCCAUACUAUUAUCGUUGUGAUUUCUACAAUGACUGUGCUGAUGGCAGUGAUGAGGCCGGGUGCCUGUUCAGGGACUGUAAUGCCACUACAGAAUUUACUUGCAAUAAUAGAAGGUGCAUACCUCGGGAGUUUGUCUGCGAUGGUAGAGACAACUGCCGUGAUAACAACACCUCAGAUGAGAGAAACUGCCCUCAUCGCACUUGCCCAUCUGGAUACACAAAAUGCCAGAAUACAAACAUUUGUAUUCCUCGCCUUUACUUGUGUGAUGGAGACAAUGACUGUGGAGAUAUGAGUGAUGAAAACCCUACUUAUUGCACCAUUAACACAUGCAGCAGCAGUGAAUUCCGAUGCUCAUCUGGGCGCUGUAUUCCUCAGCGGUGGUAUUGUGAUCAAGAAGAUGACUGUGGUGAUGGUUCCGAUGAGCCUGCCACUUGUGAGCACCCAGAGCGAACAUGCCCAAGUGAUGAUUUCAAGUGUGAUAAUGGUAGAUGCAUCUCAAGACAUUGGAUCUGCGAUAGUGAUAAUGACUGUGGGGAUAUGAGUGAUGAGGAUGAAAGGCACCACUGUGAGAAUCGUAACUGCACAAGUUCCGAGUUUUGGUGUGUGAAUAGCAGUCCUCCAGCCAGGAAAUGCAUUCCCCAGACCUGGGUCUGUGAUGGUGACGCGGACUGUGCUGAUGGCUAUGAUGAGCGUCAGAACUGCACCCGGAGUUCCUGCUCUGAAAACGAGUUUACCUGCAGUUACGGACUGUGUAUCCCUAGCUCCUUCAGGUGUGACCGGCACAACGACUGUGGUGACUACAGUGAUGAGAGGGACUGUUUGUACCAGACCUGCCAAGCACAUCAGUUCACCUGUCAGAACGGACGCUGCAUUUUUCGGGACUUUGUCUGUGAUGAGGAAAAUGACUGUGGGGAUGGAUCCGAUGAGCUGGACCACCUGUGUCACACCCCUGAAGCCACAUGCCCCCCUCAUUAUUUCCGAUGCAACAACGGGCACUGCGUUGAGAUGGAGAAACUCUGCAACCACUAUGAUGACUGUUCUGACAACAGUGAUGAGAAAGGCUGCGGCAUUAAUGAAUGCAGUGACCCUUCGAGUAGUGGUUGCGAUCACAACUGCACAGAUACCAUCGUCAGUUUCUUUUGUUCCUGCCUUCCUGGUUACAAGCUGAUGUCUGACAAGCGGACUUGUGUCGAUAUUGAUGAAUGCAAGGAGAGGCCCUUUGUCUGUAGCCAGAGGUGUGAGAACGAAAUAGGGUCCUAUAUCUGUAAGUGUGACCCAGGCUACAUCCGAGAACCAGAUGGAAGGAGCUGCCGGCAGACCAGUAGCAUCGAGCCCUAUCUCAUUUUUAGCAACCGUUACUAUUUGAGAAAUCUAACUGUAGAUGGCUCCUUUUACUCCCUCAUUCUGCAAGGACUGGGCAAUGCUGUGGCGCUAGAUUUUGACCGAGUAGAAGAGAGAUUGUACUGGAUUGAUGAAGAGAAGGGAGUCAUUGAGAGAAUGUUUCUGAAUAAGACAGACAGGGAGACAAUCAUAAGCUACAAACUACAAAACCCACAAGGUCUGGCUGUGGACUGGGUUUCCAGAAAGCUCUACUGGUUGGAUUCCUCUCUGAAAGGCCUCUUUGUCUCUGACCUCAAUGGUGACCGCCACCGCAAACUGGCCCAGCACUGCGUGGAUUUGAACAACACCUUCUGCUUCGAUUAUCCCAGAGGAAUUGUUCUUCACCCUAAAUAUGGGUAUGUCUACUGGACAGACUGGACUCACCGCGCAUACAUUGGGAGAGUAGGCAUGGAUGGGACCAAUAAGUCUGUGAUUAUCUCCACCAAGAUAAUGCGGCCCAAUGGCAUUACCAUCGAUUACACCAAUGAUCUACUGUACUGGACAGAUUCCCACCUGGGUUAUAUUGAGUACUCGGAUUUAGAGGGCCACAAUCGACACCCGGUAUAUGAUCAGACACUGCCUUACCCCUUUGCUGUUACCAUUUUUGAAGACACUAUUUACUGGACAGAUUGGAAUACGAGGACAGUUGAAAAGGGAAACAAAUAUCAUGGAUCCAAUAGGGUGGUGCUGGUGAACACAACACAUAGACCAUUUGACAUCCACGUGUACCAUCCGUACAGGCAACCAAAAGUGGACAAUCCAUGUGGUACCAACAAUGGUGGCUGUUCUCAUCUAUGCCUCAUCAAAGAAGGGGGAAAAGGAUUUACCUGCGAGUGUCCGGAUGACUUCAACACUGUGUUUUGGCACGGCGAAACAUACUGCAUUCCCGCGUGCUCCAGCACCCAGUUCCUGUGUGCUAAUGAGGAAAAGUGUAUUCCUAUUUGGUGGAAAUGUGAUGGACAGCGGGACUGCUCCGAUGGCUCUGAUGAAUCGGCCCAUUGCCCGCAGCGCUUCUGCCGAAUAGGGCAGUUCCAGUGCAAGGAUGGCAACUGCACCAGCCCCCAGACCCUGUGCAAUGCCAGGCCAGAUUGCCCUGAUGGCUCUGAUGAAGUGUCUUCUCUUUGUGAGAAUCACAAGUGCGAGUCUAAUGAAUGGCAGUGCGCCAACAAACGUUGCAUCCCAGAACACUGGCAGUGUGACACGUUGGAUGACUGUGGGGAUAACUCAGAUGAAGACAGAUCCCACUGUGCCAGCAGGACCUGCAAGCCAGGCCAGUUUAAAUGUGACAACGGCCACUGUAUUCCUCAGUCCUGGAAGUGUGAUGUAGAUAAUGACUGUGGAGAUUACUCAGAUGAGCCUGUUCAGGAAUGCUUGACCCCUGCCUAUCGCUGCAACAACCUUACGGAAUUCAGCUGUAAAACAAAUUACCGCUGCAUCUCCAAGUCUGCUGUGUGCAAUGGUUUCGAUGACUGCAGGGACAACAGUGAUGAGCAGGGCUGCGAGGAGCGGACAUGCCAUCCUUCAGGGGAUUUCCGUUGUAAAAAUCACGUCUGCAUCCCUCUUCGCUGGAAAUGUGACGGGGAAGAUGACUGUCAAGAUAACUCAGAUGAGGAAGGCUGUGUCCCCCGAGAGUGCACAGAGAGCGAGUUUCGAUGUCCCGAUCAACAAUGCAUUCCAUCUCAGUGGCUCUGUGACCAUUAUGACGACUGUGGGGACAAUUCAGAUGAGCGGGACUGUGAGUUGAGGACCUGCCAUCCUGACUAUUUUCAGUGUGCAAGUGGACACUGUAUCCCCCAAGACUGGAAAUGUGAUGGAGCUGCUGACUGUCAUGAUGCCUCUGAUGAAUCUACUUGUCCCACUCGCUUUCCCAAUGGUACAUACUGCCAGGCUAAUAUGUUUGAAUGUAAAAACCAUGUUUGUAUCCAGCUGAAUUGGAAAUGUGAUGGCGAUAACGACUGUGGCGAUGGUUCUGAUGAAGAACUUCACUUGUGCUCGGAUGUUCCCUGUGAAUCACCAGACCGUUUCCGGUGUGACAACAAUCGCUGCAUUUAUAGCUCAAAGUUGUGCAAUACUGUGGAUAACUGUGGAGAUGGAAGUGAUGAGAGAGCAGAGCACUGUCAUGAACCAACCCAUAAACCUUGUACAGAAAACGAAUUUAAGUGUGACAAUGGACUUUGCAUUCCACAGGAUAAUGUAUGUGAUGAUGUCAAUGAUUGUGGAAACUAUUUUGAUGAAACAGGUUGCAAUGUGGGAAAAGAGAGAACAUGUGCUGAAAAGAUAUGCGAACAAAACUGUACUCAAUUAAAUGUGGGGGGAUUUAUCUGCUCCUGUAGAAGUGGGUUCAAAGUUGGUGCAGUCGACAGAAACUCCUGUGAAGACAUCAAUGAAUGUGAGGAAUUUGGGAUUUGUUCCCAGAAGUGCAGAAAUACCAAAGGAAGUUAUGAGUGUCUCUGUGCUGAUGGCUUCCGGUCUGUGAGUGAGGACUUUGGAAAAAGAUGUGCAGCUGAAGGUGACUCUCCUUUGUUGCUGCUGCCUGACAAUGUUCGAAUUCGAAAAUACAACCUCACAUCUGAGAGGUUCUCAGAAUACCUUCAAGACGAGGAACAUAUCCAGGCUCUUGAUUAUGACUGGGAUCCUGAGGGCAUUGGCCUCAGUGUUGUGUAUUACACUGUGCGAGGGCAGGGCUCUGGGUUUGGUGCUAUCAAACGUGCCUACAUCCCCAACUUUGAAUCCGGCAACAAUAAUCUUGUACAGGAAGUUGACCUGAAACUGAAAUAUGUAUUCCAGCCGGAUGGAUUAGCUGUGGACUGGGUUGGAAGGCAUAUUUACUGGUCAGAUGUCAAGAAUCAACGAAUUGAAGUGGCUAAACUUGAUGGACGGUACAGAAAGUGGCUGGUUACCUCCUCUCUGGAUCAACCAGCUGCCAUUGCUGUGAAUCCUAAACUGGGGCUUAUGUACUGGACCGACUGGGGAAAACAGCCUAAAAUCGAGUCUGCCUGGAUGAAUGGGGAGCAUCGCACUGUCCUGGUUUCCAAUUACCUUGGUUGGCCGACCGGCCUUACUAUUGAUUAUCUGAAUGAUGACCGGAUCUACUGGAGUGAUUUCAAGGAGGACAUCAUUGAAACCAUGAAACACGAUGGAACUGUUAGGAGAGUUGUUUCGCAUGGAGCAAUGAAGCCUUACAGUCUGGACAUCUUUGAAAACCAUUUAUACUGGAUAUCUAAAGAGAAGGGAGAAGUAUAUAAACAGGACAAAUUUGGGCAAAGAGAAAAAGAGAAAAUUCUGGUCUUGAACCCUUGGCUUACUCAAGCUCGAAUCUUUCAUCAACUCAGAUAUAAUCACUCAGUGCCCAACCGGUGUAAAAACACCUGCAGCCACCUUUGCCUGCUAAGGCCUGGAGGAUACAGCUGUGCCUGUCCCCAAGGCUCCAACUUUAUAAAGGGCAGCACCACGGAGUGUGAUGCAGCCAUCGAACUUCCUAUCCCCAUGCCUGCCCCAUGCAGGUGUAUGUAUGGAGGAAAUUGCUAUUUUGAGGAGAAGGACCUCCCCAAAUGCAAGUGUCUGAGUGGCUACACUGGAAAAUACUGUGAAAUUGCUUUCUCAAAAGGCGUGCCUCCAGGAACAACGGCAGUGGCCACGCUAUUGACACUUCUCUUGAUCAUCAUAAUUGGAGGUCUGGCAGUUGUAGGAUUUUUCCACUACAGGAAAACCGGCUCUCUUUUGCCUGCUCUGCCCAAGCUGCCAAGCUUAAGUAGUCUUGUCAAACCCUCUGAAAAUGGCAAUGGAGUGACCUUCAGGUCAGGGGCAGAUUUUAACAUGGACAUUGGAAUAUCUGAUUUGGGGCCUGAAUCUGCUAUUGACAGAUCAAUGGCAAUGAGUGAAGACUUUGUCAUGGAAAUGGGGAAGGAACCCAUAAUAUUUGAGAACCCAAUGUAUGCAACCAAAGACAGUGCUGUCAAAGUGGUUCAGCCAACCCAGGUGACUGUAUCUAGAAAUGUGGAUAAUAUGAAUUAUGGAAGUCCCAUAAGCCCUUCUGAGAUAGUUCCAGAGAUAAAGCCAACUUCUCCGGGUGCUGAUGAAACUCAGGUGACAAAAUGGAAUAUCUUCAAACGAAAACCUAAACAAACUACCAACUUUGAAAAUCCAAUCUAUGCAGAGAUGGAGAACAUGCCAAGGGAAAGUGUUGCCACAACCCCACCUCCAUCACCUUCUCCCCCUCCUAAGAUUUCUUCAAAAAGAGACCCAACUCCAACCUAUACUCCAACAGAAGACACUUUUAAAGACACCGCAAAUCUCGUUAAAGAAGACUCUGAGGCAUAG